AUGUCUCGGCAAGAUCAGAGCCAAACCCACUACCCUUCCAAGAUUGCGCUUUACCGCCGCUAUAUGGGCUUUACCGCGCUUAAGGGCUCGAUUGCAGGUCCUGUUUUUCUGGCGCGUCGUUAUCUCGCCUGGACCCAGUACUGCAGCGAGAGAUCGAUCACCUCAUUUAUGUCCUCCUGCUCUGCCUCAACCUGCCGCACCUCGCUCUGCGCCAAAUCGUCAUUAUCGCCGUCUUCAGCAGCGCAGUUAUCGACGUCUUGGAGCACCUCGUCGUCCAGAAUAUCCUCUGUUGCAUCUUCAUGA